UGAAUUCCGACGACGACGGACGGUGCCUCGCGUCAAGUCCGAAUUUUGUCCCCGUCGGAGGUCGCGCUCCGCAUCGAAAGUGGUUCCAGUGCGUCGGGGGUGGAAGUGCGCACACGGUGCGGGUAGAAUUUGCGCGAAUCGCGACCGAUUUGGGCGUGAAAAGUGCCGUUGAAAGUUCCGACAUUUUGCAUGGCAUUUUUUCGCUUUUUCUUUUGAGAGGAGAAGAGGGAGAGUUGAGUGUGUGCGUGCAGCGGGUGGGUUGUGAAUGAAGCCUUGCGUCACUGUGUGAGUGCGGGCCUCGAGGCAGAGAGGGUGGAAUGACAGACGGAGAAGCAGCAGCAGCAGGAACAAAGCUGUCUUGGAUCGAAGAAAAGUGACGCGCUUUGACAGCUAAGAGAAGAGUGUGAUCAGACAGCAAAGUGGUGGAUUUUUUUUUAUUUUCAAUUUUUAAUGAACGCAAAGUGAAAGUUUUAGCGAUUUAAGGAUCGAUUUGGUAAAGUGUAACGUGAGGAGUAGAUUUGGAUAAGUUUGGAAAAGUUUCGGUGGGUGUGAGGGAAGAAAAUUGAUUGCGUCAAGUGAGACCCAAAAUGGUUUAAGUAAAAACAAGAAGAAAAGUGAAAUUUAGGGCACGAUGGCUUACUACCAGAUAGUGCCGACGGAUGAGCUGAAGAAUCUGUACCCGCAGCUCAACAUUGAGAAUGGUGGGAUUCAGCUGGUGAUGGGCGACGACGUCCAGUUUGGUUCCCAGCAGGUCAUUUUGUCCCAGGACCAGUCGGAGUUGUUGCUGAACGAUAACAAUCAGCAGUUGCAGCAGAUCGUGUAUCAAUCUCCGCAGGCUCAAUCGUCUCAGCAGCAACAACAGCCCCAGCAGCAGCAGCAGGAAACGCAUUACUUGAUCCAGCAGGACGAUGGCGCCCUCACGGAUGCGUUUGGGCAGCCAGCUCAGCCGCAGCAUAUUUACUACUCGGAAGUUCCGAACGAUGGCUCGCAGAUGAUUCAGACGAACCUGGUCCACGAGCAACCUCAGGCAACGACGCUGCAUACGAUGCAAACUGCUUCCGAGCAGCUCCAACAGCAGCAGCAGCAACAACAGCAACAGCACCAACAGGUACUGCAGGUUGUUCACGGUGUGCCACGUCCUGGCCAGCAAAUCAUCCUAAGACAGCAUCCUCAGGAGCCGCCAAAAGCUCAGCCGCAGCAACAAAUCACAAUCCAGCAACCGCAGCAACACAUUCUAACCCAUCAACAACCUACGCAGGUCAUUUUGCAGCAUCAACCUGGCCAUCAGAUUGUCCACAGACCACCCCAACAGCAGCACCAACAACCCCAGCAGCAUCAAAUCAUCUACGAACAUGUCCAACCUCAGGGUCACACCCUGCAGCAAAACAUCCAGCUUGCUCCUCAGCUGGUCCAUCAACCUUCCCCCCAUCAACAACAACAACAACAACAAGUCCAGCAAAUGCAACCCCAGCAGCAAACUCAGCGGGUCACAAUACAAAAACCUCCCCAACAAUACGUUCAACACCAAAUCCAACACUCCCAGCCGCAGCAGCAGGUAAUCCAACAGACGACCCAGCAAAUGAUGCAGCAGCAGCAGCCCGUGGGCGGAAAUCGACCGUGUCUAAUCAUUACCAAACCUCAGAAUCCGCAGGUUCCACAAACGACGGUCACCGUCACCCCCCAACAACAAAUGCCACAAAAUCCCGCGAACGUGGCCCGCAUUCGCAACUAUCGGCCGCGAGCGCCCAAAACCCCGGCCAGUCCACGCGCUCGACCCGUCGUUCCGGUGACCUCGGUCGCCCCCGGCCAAGUCCAAAUUCGCCCCCCGCGACCGCAACUCACCAAAGUUGUUCAAGGCCCGGUCAUCCGGCAACCGACGACCGUCGUUCAACAACCCCAACAGCAACAGCAGCAGAUGCUUGGCCAACCACAAAACGUCGCCACACCCCGAACCAACAUCAUUUUAACCAGCACCGGGCAAAAGAUCGUCACCCUGACGAAUCGUCCCCCGCAGCUCGUCCCCGCCACGUACAACGCCGCCAAGGCGCAAACCCAGCGACGCGUCCUAACCGCUACAACCAGCACUCAACCACCACAGCUGGCCCCGGUUUCCCAACCGGCGCAACCUCAACCAACCCAACAACAGCAGCAACAAGUCCCUGUUGAACAGGUCGCUCCCGCGGGCACCACCGCCGCGUCCCAGAAACCCCCCGGCUACUCGAACGAUCUCGAAGACCUCGAGGACAGCAUCCAGGCGGCGGUCGUCGCCAAAGCGCCUCCUUCGGCCACCCAACCGGGCUCCGCCCCCGCACAGCAACAACAACAACAGCUGGAUCAGCAAACCUACCAGCCGGCGACCUCUCAACCGAUGCAGCAACCGCCCCAAAUGCACCAACAAACAGUCCCCCAGCAAGCCCCCCCACCACCACCCCCUCAACAACAACAAAUCCAACAACCAACCCCCCAGCAGCAGUUCGACGACUCGUCCAGCAUCAUCCAGCUCGGCAACGGCCAAACCAUGACCGCGGCCCAGUUCCGCUCGUUCCAGGAGAAGCAACAACUCCGCCAGCAGGAAAACUUCCGCGGCGGGUUCGCCCAGCGUGGCCGUGGCAACGCGACGCCCCGCGGAAUGGUCAUCCGCAAAACGGUUCCCAUGAACCGCCAGCAGCAGCAACUCGUCCUCCAACAGCAGCAGCAGCAACAGAACGCCCAAAUGCAAAUCUCCCAGCAGCAUCACCUGCUCCAGCAGCAGCAGCAGCAGCAGCAAAUGGUUCAGCAACAGGCGGCGGCGCCACCACCGCCGACUCCGCCCGAGCCGGAACCGCGCGAAAGUGCGAAAAUGUUGGUCAUUCUGCAGAGUGGCGAGCAGCGGCUCAUCACGUUUACGCUGCCGAAAGAGAGCUGCACGGUGCAGGAGUUGCUGGAGCAGGUCGGAGUGCAGUUUUCGCCGGACAGUAACAUUCAGUGCAUCUCGAACCCGGGCGGGGACAUUGAUUAUAUCGUGACGGUUGGCGUGACGAUGAAGGAAACCAACGAGUAUCUGAAGGCGGCGGAGAACACGAUCAAGAAUCAGCAGCAGCAACAGCAGCAGCAGCAGCAACAGCAGCAGUUGCAACAGCAGCAGCAGCAACAUGUGAUGCAACAGCAAAUGCUCCAACAACAGCAGCAGCAACAACAACAACACCAAAUGCAUCAACCUCCAAUCCAUCACCAACCCCAAAUGGGCAUUCCCCAGCCGCCGCCCCAGCAACAGCAGCCUCCCCACCAGCAGCAACUCCAGCAAACACCGGUUCACCUUCAGCAGCAGUCCCGCUUCAAUGACUCGUUCCGGGCCAGCAUGGCCGGCACUCCGUCGGGACCAUCGACCACUCCGAUGCACAUGCAAACGCCCCAACAGCAGCAGCAGCAACAACUUCAGCAGCAGCAGCUCUCGGUGGCCGGAGAAACGCCCAAAGGGGUCGCGGCCGAUGCGGGCGAUUCCAAGAAGGAACCACCGCCAAAGCUCAUCAAGGGCUUCCUCGCGGUUUGCUCCAACUGUGGCCUCACCGGGUACGACCACGCCAAGUGCCAGCGCUGUAAAAAAGUCUUCGCGGGCCCACCGCGCCGUAUUCCGGAGCCGGACAAACCGAUGGUUUCGCCCCAUCCGCCACCGCUCGUGCCGACGGCGUCCUCAACGCCCAUGCACAAGGUCACGACGACGGUUGGCCCCGCCAGUGGUGGCGUCGAUCCGGCCAAGGUCGGUGGCGUCUCGCUGCAGAAGAAACUGUCCCAAUCGUCGCUGGGCAGCAUGCUGUCGGUGCGGGGAUCGGGCCGGGGUGGUGCCGCUGGGCGGGGUGGCCGCGGGCGGGGUCGGGGUGCGUCGUCCAAGUACCAGGAGCUGGAACCGGUCGUGUUUACGCUGAGCAGCGAUGACGAGGAUCACGACGGUGGCGACAAGACGAAGAAUGGCAGCAAGGUCGCGAACGAAAGUGGAGUCGCAAAGGUUGCAACUGCCACCGUCGAGAAACGAGAACCGCUCAAGUGCGAGCCGAUCAUCGAGGACUCGGAUGAAGUUGUGGAAAUUGUGCGGUACGACGUGACCGACAUUAAGACGAUGCCGGACGGUUUGAUUACGAAUCUGGAGUGCCGGAACAUCCGGAUCGGGACGCUGAAGUACGAGUCGCCGGAUAAGGUGGCAAUGUCCUCGCGGGGUGUCCGCAUCAUCGCGCCCAACGUGAAGCGUCCGGCCGAAAAGUGCAUCCUCGAUCUGCAGCUGCACGAGGUCGUCAAGGCGGUGGUCCACUUUUCCAAAGCCCUGAACGUGAUCUUCCUGUACACGCUUCCGUCGUGUGGCUUCUACAUCCGCGAGAGUCUCGAGAUGGGCCUGCCGGACGAUCCACUGCCGUACUUUAAUCCGGUCUGCCGGAAGGACGAUGCCCACCGGAGGAUUACGCUCGUGAUGGAUCGCGUCACGGAGGAGUCCAAGUCGAUUCUGAAGAGCAUCUUUUCGACGGAGCGAAUUGAGGAGAUUAGCGCGAGGGACGCGAACGAGCUGCUGGUGCGAUCGUGCGGAACCGGAACCGUCGGAAGCAAGGGGACGGAGAACAGUUCAAACAACACGACGACGAACGCCGCGACGGGUGACGUGACGGAGAUAAGGAAGAUUUUGAUUUACCCCCAGGGCAAGGGCGGUAUUUCGAUCAACACCGAGGAUUACAUGUGCUUGGCGAUCGAUCAGUAUCUGAACGAUGUCAUCAUUGACUUUUAUCUCAACUAUCUGAAGCUGGAGCUGCUGAAGGCGGAAGAGCGGAGAAACAUCCACAUUUUCAGCACGUUCUUCUACAAGCGGCUGACGACGAUCGGGACGAGACAGCGGGGCCAGGACAAGGACCAGAAGCUGACGGCGGCGCAGAAGCGCCACGCGCGCGUUGCCAGCUGGACCAAGAAGGAGAACAUUUUCGAGAAAGACUUUGUCAUCAUUCCAAUCAACGAGCAGUCCCACUGGUUCCUGGCGAUCAUCUGCUUCCCGGGGUUGGACAUGCCGCUGACGAUGAAUAGCAACACGCCGACGCCGAUCAAGCGCAAGAAGGCGGUGGCCGCGUCCAAGAGCAAGAGCAACAUUACGCUGCAGAUUGGCAACACCACGAUCACGCCCGUGUCCAAGCGCGAAAUGGACGCGAUCAACCUCGGGGACGACGAGCUGAGCGAGCGGGACGAGGCGGAAGGUGACGACAGCGAGCUGGCCAGCGACACGGAGGAAACGGACGAGGAGCCGGCCAACGACGGCAAGCAGCAACCGGUGAAGCAACCGAUCAUCCUGAUCUUUGACUCGCUGACGGGUGCCUCCCGGAGUCGGGUCGUGGCCACCUUGCGCGACUACUUGACGUGCGAGUACAAGUGCAAGAUGCCCACCAAACCGGCCAAGGUGUUCAACAAGAACAACAUGCCCGGUCACUGCGUAAAAGUCCCACAGCAGAACAACUUUACCGACUGCGGGCUGUACUUGCUGCAGUACGUGGAGCACUUUUUCCUGGACCCCAUCAAAGACUACCGCAUCCCGAUCAAACUGCAGGACUGGUUCGACACGAUCACGGUGACGAAAAAGCGCGAGGACAUUUCCAACCUGCUCAAGGAACUCAUCCGGAAGCACAAUCCGGACGUGCUGCCCCUCCCGGACAUUAAAUUCCCCACGCUGAACGGUAAUUUCAAGCUUGCUCAAAAUCUUUCAAAAGCUAACUCUGAUUCCCUCUUAGGCAAACUGAUCAUCGACCCCGAGGACAGCUUCAACGAUGCCGAGUUUGAGGAGGAAGAGAUGGAAGAGGAAGAGUACGUCCCGGAAUCGUCGGCGGACGACGCGGCCAAAGCGACACCUGCAGCGGCAUCGACGCCAGCGGCGACACCCGUCCAGAAGAAGACGAUCAAGCUGAAGCGGUUCAACUCGGCCGGUUCGGCGAGUUUAGGUGGCACGCCGACGACGACGACGACGCCAAUCAGCUCAGCCGCCGGACAGCAGCAGUCACUGCUGUCGGUGUCCCAGAAGCGCCCGCUGGACAGCAGCAACGGAAGCAACAAAUCGAGCACAGACUGUAGUAGCAUAAGGCCCAAGGCGCCCAAAAUCAGUGAUAGCCCUAAUAAAGUAGUAACUACCCAGAACUAGAGAGCGUGCGUGCGACUGAAUGACCGAGGAAUUUACUAGAAAUAAUACUAAUAAUUAAAAAAAGCAGGAACUUCACUCUAGCGAUGUAAGUACAUGGCGAACAAUUGUAUGAAAGAGAGCGAGCGAGAUUUGUUCCUAGCGACGCAUGAUCAUUUGAAACUUUUCCUAACUGAUAAGACCAGAUUUUAAGGCGAAAAUUUAGCAAACAACCGAUUGACGAAAGGUUCGAGAUUUUGGAGGUGGCGGCGCGCACACAUUUUUGUGUGUGGCCGCGUGAGCUCGUGAUGUAUUGAUGAUCAGUGUCACCACCCCCUUUUUUUUAGUUAGCUAGAUGUGUAUUUUGGAACUAAUUUUUAUUUGCAAAAUAUAGAAAAAAUACCAAUUUCAAA